CAAGCCUACAUGCCUGCAAGCCUCGCUUGAUUUAAGCUCUCCCUCUCCCCCCUCCUCCUCGACUCCAAAAAAGGGUUUCUGUUUCUUCCCCCCCUCAUCUCUUCAUCAUCCGCUUCGUGUCUUCACUCAUUCUUUGUGUGACUUUCGUUCUCUUUUCGGUUCCGUGUUCACUCUACUUCGUCACGAGCAGGCCCUCGCCAUUUACGCCCAUCCAGCAAUACUAAACCCUUCUAUUCUCUUUCGAACUUCCAACGUCCCCGGGCUCUAGUAGUCUCGCAACCAUUCAGAUAUUCCGAUAAGAGAAAAAUAAAAGAGAAAACAUCACAGAAAAAAGAGGAGGCUUUUGAAAGGUCCACCCUAAUCGACAACGACAACAACGACAACCGCCGUCAAGAUGAAGUUCUCCGCCGUAUUAGCACUCUCCGCCGCCGUCAUGGCCUCGGCCAAGUCGGUCCGCAGCCACUAUCCGGUCCGCCGCGAUGGUCACAAGAAGGGCGGAUCAUCUGGUCAACAAUCGGGUCUCCCCUCGGGAAUGGCUGGAUAUGGUGUCUCCAACACUCAGAUUACCGAGAUCAUCAUCAUCUGGGCGAACCCCGGUGCCGGUGCUCCUACCAUCAACAUUAACCCGCCCGCUGGCGGUGCCGCCGCUCCUCCCCCGGCUGCCCCCCCCGCCAACCCAGCCGCGCCUCCCGCCGCUCCCCCCGCCGCUCCCCCGGCUGCUGCCCCGGCCACCCACCACGUUACCGUCGGUGGGCCCGCUGGUCUCGUCUUCGUUCCCGAUCAGGUCAAGGCCAACGUCGGCGACAUGGUUGUUUUCACCUUCAUGAGCCAGAAUCAUACCGUCACGCAGUCCGCUUUCAAGACCCCCUGCGACCCCCUUGCCGGCGGCAUGAACUCUGGUUUCAUGGCCAACCCCAACAACUCCGUCACCCCGCCUCCCCAGGUCGCCAUGCAAGUCAUGGUCUCUGAGCCUUUGUGGUUCUACUGCGCCCAGGCCAACCACUGCGGAAAGGGUAUGACCUUCUCCAUCAACCCCACUGCCGAGAAGACCCAGGCCCUCUUCCAGUCCAUGGCCAUCCAGCAGAAGGGCAAAGGCGCUGGAGGUGCCAUCACCGGAGGUACUCCUCCCGCUGCUCCCCCGGCUGCUCCUCCGGCCGCUCCUCCGGCCGCUCCCCCUGCUGAGGCUCCUCCCUCUGCGCCCCCUGCCGAGGCCCCUCCGGCCGCGAACCCUGCCGCUCCUCCCGCUUCUCCCGGCGCCGGUGAUAUCCAGAAAGGCACUGGUCAGAUGAACGGCAACGGUGCCUGCGUGUGUGCCGUUACCUGCAGCGUUGGCUCGUUCCCCGCAAUGGGAGCACAGGGCGUCGGAUCUUUCGGCGGCAUGGCAGGCUCACUCCCAAUGAACAUGAUGGAAGCAUAAAGGAAGGAGAGAGAAAAACGCGACCCGUAUGAGGACACACCUCCUGGCCUCCGCCGCUGCACUCUUCUCCAAUAGCCCCCAUUUCUUUCAUACGCAUCCGGGAGAAACUUCUGUUUUUUACCCACUCCGCUGGGAACGAUACCACAUAUCCGGAGUUGUUGUCACGUUACACACCAUUAGGGACUCUCACGACCCUUUUCUCUUUUUUUAUUUUUUCCAUCUUGUAGAUUUCUCUUUGUUUCCUCAUUGGGGAUGAGAAGGCCACGACGAAAAGGAAAGAAGGAGGGAAAGAAGUUACAUUCACGUUUCAUCCUGGCCUGGACGGCCUGGUGGCGGAUAAUAACGGCUCUUUUCUUCUUCCCUCGUCUCGGGCUCGGGUCGAGCUCGCUCACUUCACCUCCUGGAGUGGAAGUGGGUGACGACGAAAGGAAUAUACGGGAGGGAGUGAGGGUUUAGUGGAUAAUUACAAAGAGUAUGAACUGGUUCGUAUUUUCCUGGAUGGAAAAACUACCGUCCAUUUUUGCUUUUCGCAACCAAAUUAAUAGGAACCAAUCAAUGGAUGAUGAAAUAACC